UAGCUCACACUCAUUGGUCUGUCAAACUUCACGAGAGUCAUCUCUGUUCCCCUCACCUGCCCCACAGACCACCACCGGUUGACAGUUGCCUGAAAAUUUCAUGGCCAAUAUAUCGAGCGGGAGAGCUCGCCGCGUCCCGCGCGCAGUCGCAACGCGUCCGCCACCGAGAGCACGCCUCGCCCGCCGCGGUCCCAGCCCUCACCUCACACAAACAAUACACGACUACCCACCGGCUUGCCCUAACCCUCUAAUAAACCAAGUGCUGUGCUGCUAUUAACCCGGGAACACACAGUUAUGUGAGAAACCGCUCCAGUUCGCGCACCGGCCGACAUGCUGGCUCUCGGGGACGACACACGCAAAAUGAAAUAAUAAGUGCGUGGCUGUACCCCCGGCAUGAGGUCGGGGGAGGCGGCGGAGGGCUCGGAGCUGGCGGAGCUGGGCGCGCGCUGGCCGCCGCACGCGCAGCCCUACGGCUGGACCCGCAGCGCCACGCCGCAGCACCCGCCCGCGCACCACCUCGCCCGGCACUCGCGCUCGCAACAGGACAACCGCCACACGAGCUAUGAGGCGGAAGACGCGCGGGGGCGCGCGCGCGGCGGCACCUACUACUCGCCGCCCGGCACCUCCUACACCAUCGUGGAGCGCCCCGCCUCGUCGCACGGCCACCACGCGCCUUACUCGCAGCACCACUACCCGGCUAAACUGGGGAGGACGCCCUAUCUGGGGUCCACCGCUAUUGGGAAUUCUACUGGUCCGGCAAGUCUCCGCAACAGCACGAGUCACCUCAGCGCGGUGAACGGCAAGAAGCGGCCCAUCUCCCCCGAGCAGGUGCUGCGUCUGUUCGGGCAGGGCGGCGCGGCUGCGCUGGGCAAGGCACUGCCGCCCUCGCACCCGCCGCCCGCCCCGCGCCGACACUCGCCGGCUAGUAGCCCCAGCAGUACUACGCAUCAUGCGAUAUACCGAGGGGGCGAGCGCGAGCGGCCCUACUCGUCGGGGGGCGCAGCGCCGCCGCCCGCCGAGCCCUCCACGCGAACCGUCACCAUGAGCCGGGACCCCGCCGACUCGCACGGCUUCGGCAUCUGCGUCAAGGGAGGCAAGGAAGCAGUGGGUGUCGGCGUGUACAUCUCGCGCGUGGAAGAGGGCUCGGUGGCGGAGCGCGCGGGGCUGCGGCCCGGGGACUCCAUCCUGCAGGUCAACGGGACGCCCUUCUCGGGGAUCUCGCAUGAAGAUGCGCUCAAGAUGCUGAAAUCCUGUCGUCAGCUGACGAUGACGGUGCGCACGGCGGGCGCGCUGGUGGGCCGCGCGUCAUGCUCGUGGAUGGACCGCUACGGCCGCCCCGCCUCGCCGCCGCCGCGCCCGCCCCGCUCCGCUAGCAAGGACCGCUCUAUACGGAGGGUGGACCUAUGCAUCGAGCCGGGGCAGUCGCUGGGGCUGAUGAUCCGCGGCGGGCUGGAGUACAACCUCGGCAUCUACAUCACCGGCGUCGACAAGGACUCGGUGGCUGACCGCGCUGGACUUAUGGUGGGCGACCAGAUCCUGGAGGUGAACGGGCAGUCGUUCGUGGAUGUGACGCACGACGAGGCGGUCGCCCAGCUCAAGUACCACAAGCGUAUGUCGUUACUGGUGCGAGACGUGGGCAAGGUGCCUCAUGCCUGCACGGCGUACGGCGAGCGGGAGGCUGCCCCCAGCAACACCGGCUGGGGCAAGCGUCGCGGCGCGGCCUCAGUGGCCGUGGAACAGAAGGCCAGGUCGCUCCUCCCAGCCAGCGACCUGCCCGCGCUGGCCUACUACAUGGAGGAGUACGCGGCGCGGAGGAUGCCUCCAGACACCUUCUUGACGGUGCUGAGGGAUCUGCUGGACACGCCGCAGAAGUAUACGCUGCUGACGGAGAUCCGUGAGUUCCUGCUGCCCGAGGACCGGCCGCGCUUCGACGAGCUGGUCUACCGGCGCGAGGACCCCGACCACCACAUCAAGCGGGGCGGGGAGAGGCCGCUGGUGGCCUCCGCGACCAUGCAUGAGUUGCACGACCCGGAGGGGCCGGGCGGGGCGGAGGCGCCGGCGGCCGAGCGCCGCUCGCCCUCCGAGGACUCCGGCCUGGGCCUGCCGCCGCACGACCACGCAUACAGGAGCGCGCGCGGGUGGCGGGGGGACGCGCCGGCGGACGACGAGCUGCAGGCGGCACACGAGGAGUACGAGGAGGAGGGCCGGCGGUCGCGGCGCCACUCGUCCCCCUGCAACUCGCGAGAGGGCAGCACCAACGCGCUACACACGCAACACUACGGCGACGCUGACCAGUGCGGCUAUCUCGAGGGGCUGCGCUCAUCACUCGGUGGCUGGACGCAGAAAGUUAAAUCAUGGUACUGGGGACGACCUCUAGACCUGGCACAUAAGUUGUCUCGGAGUUUCGACAUGAAAGACGACGGGGGGGCGUUGCUGGAGGAGCGGGGGGGGAUCCGGAGACACCAGUCCAUGCAGCGGCUGGGCCACGGCGAAGCGGGGCUGGACGACGGCCGCGCCGCGCGCGUCAUAUCUGACCACCACGGCAACCUGCAGAUCUCCGUCAAGAAGACCAAGCCAAUUCUGGGGAUCGCGAUAGAAGGCGGCGCCAAUACUAAGCACCCUCUGCCAAGGAUUAUUAAUAUACACGAGCACGGGGCGGCGUUCGAGGCGGGCGGGCUGGAGGUGGGGCAGCUGAUCCUGGCGGUGGACGGGCACCGCGUGGAGGGCCUGCAGCACCAGGACGUGGCGCGCCUCAUCGCCGAGUCCUUCGCGCAGAGGGAUAAACCGGAGAUCGAGUUCCUAGUGAUCGAAGCAAAGAAGUCUAAUUUAGAGCCGAAGCCUACAGCCCUCAUUUUUUUGGAGGCCUAACAUCUACUGUCCCUCCCCGCCAGCGAUCCCCCGGCCGCGCAGGGCAGCGCGACUCGGGCGGUCGACCUCACCGCGGUAUAGCCAACUCCAACCUGCGAUGCCACAUGCUCUUCUGAACAUCCAGCUACGUACGCACCGCCUCGGGAAUGCCUCGACUUCCAUGCGUCGCUUACGGCGUUUCUUUGUUGAAGCUAGUCGAAGCAUCUAGAUCUUUUUGUAAGACAGUUACGUAAGAUCCAGAUGCAUCGAGUGCAGAGGCCGGGGCGGUGCUCGCGGUAACGGAGAUGAUAAGAUGGUGUCGCUCUACGGAGACGCGAUGCACAUCGCUACAAUACGACUGACGUUACAACGGACUGUAAUGAGAAAGGUAGAUGUUGUCGCUGCGACGGCGGCGCGUGGUGAACCGGCUAUACGCUAUUAAUGGCACAAGGGAGGCAUUUUUUAAAACAAUAUUGAAAUGUCCGGACACUUUUGAAACAUAAAUCACGAUGCUCACUGCCCGAAAUA